AAUGCCAAGGGUUGUCGAGACAGCGGUGUCAGAAUGGGGCGGAGUGGAUAUCCUCUGCAACAACGUCGGCAUCCAACCUGCGAAUAGCUACCUACCCGCCCACGAAUUUCCGGAGGAGAUGUGGGAUCGCAUCAUUGAUGUCAAUCUCAAGAGUUUCUUCCUCAUGACCAAAUACUGUGUGCCCGAGAUGAAAAAGCGCGGGGGCGGUGCUAUUAUUAACACUGCCAGUGUCCAGGGGCUACAGUCGAUGCAGGCGUGUCUGCCUAUGCAGCCAGUAAGGGCGGUGCCCUCUCCC